AGAACAGAACGCUGGGGUAAGGGUGGGAGAAAUACUAAAUAUUUCUACUAGGCUCCUGCAAGGCUAGUGAUGCGGCGGGCCCCCCUGGCCGGCGCUCGCCCGGGUUCUGUGCCUAAGAGUUGGCCGUGAGCGACCACCGCCGCCGGGAGCCUGGGUCUAGGCUCUCCCGACAAGGAUUCCAAGGCGAGAACACUGGUGCCUCUGCCUGGGCCAGGGAGGGACUGAAAUCAGAGCAGGGGAGGCGUUUCCCCGCUGGGCUGUCACCCUUAAGGGGCCGGGAGCCGAGGUGGGCGAGCUCCAGAGCAGAGUUGGAGAGGUGGCUGCCGCGAGUUGCACCGGGCGUUGAGGCAUUUGAUGUCUGCACCGUUUAUCUACCAGACGAGGAGGCGAUUUAUGCAACAGUAUCCUGUUUCAGCACUGCCAAGGCUAUGCGAGAACGCAGCCAGGACAGCCUGGCAGGACUCGUGCUGUAUGUAGGACUCUUCGGGCACCCCGGGAUGCUGCACAGGGCCAAGUACAGCCGCUUUCGGAACGAGUCGAUCACGUCCUUGGACGAAGGUAGCUCCGGAGGCUCGGUCGGGAACAAGGGCUCACCGCAGCCUCCCCACCCCGCCCUGGCACCUCACCUGCCGGCUGAAGAUGCCGCCUUGCCGUCGCAGGAGAGCCCCACCCCACUGUGCACCUUGAUCCCCCGCAUGGCGAGCAUGAAGCUGGCCAACCCGGCCACUUUGCUGAGUCUGAAAAACUUUUGCCUGGGUACCAAAGAGGUGCCUCGGCUGAAGCUCCAGGAAAGCCGGGACCCAGGUUCCAGCAGUCCCUCUUCCCCAGAAACCAGUCUAAGUAGGUCUGGGACCGCACCUCCACCGCAGCCGGACCUGGUGGGCCACAGGGCAACCACCCUAACCCCGGAUUCGUGCCCGCUUCCUGGCCCUGGGGAGCCACCCCUUAGGAGCAGGCAGGACAGGCACUUUCUACAGCACCUGUUGGGGAUGGGCAUGAACUACUGUGUGAGGUACAUGGGCUGUAUUGAAGUGCUGCAAUCAAUGAGGUCACUGGAUUUUGGAAUGAGAACCCAAGUUACAAGGGAAGCAAUAAGUCGCCUGUGUGAAGCUGUCCCCGGGGCAAAUGGAGCCAUUAAAAAGCGAAAGCCUCCAGUUAAGUUCCUAUCAACAGUUCUUGGCAAAAGUAAUCUUCAGUUUUCAGGAAUGAAUAUAAAACUGACCAUCUCAACAUGUAGUCUCACACUGAUGAAUCUUGACAACCAACAGAUUAUUGCAAAUCAUCAUAUGCAGUCUAUUUCAUUUGCCUCUGGAGGGGAUCCUGAUACUACAGACUAUGUUGCCUACGUAGCUAAAGAUCCAGUUAAUCAACGAGCCUGUCACAUAUUGGAAUGCCACAAUGGAAUGGCCCAAGACGUCAUAAAUACCAUAGGGCAGGCUUUUGAACUCCGGUUUAAACAGUACUUGAAAAAUCCUUCUUUAGAUACGUCUUGUGAAAGUGAGGAGGUGCACAUUGAUAGCCAUGCCGAGGAGAGAGAAGAUCAUGAAUAUUACAAUGAAAUUCCAGGGAAGCAGCCACCAGUAGGUGGUGUUUCCGAUAUGCGGAUCAAAGUUCAAGCCACGGAACAAAUGGCUUACUGCCCCAUACGGUGUGAAAAGUUGUGCUAUUUGCCUGGAAACUCCAAGUGCAGCAGUGUAUAUGAGAACUGUUUAGAACAAAGCAGGGCAAUAGGUAAUGUCCAUCCAAGAGGGGUGCAGUCCCAGCGAGAUACCUCAUUAUUGAAGCACACGUGCCGAGUGGAUCUCUUCGAUGACCCCUGCUACAUUAAUACACAGGCUCUUCAAAGUACACUUGGCUCUGCUGGAAAUCAAAGCUCAGCCCAACCACUGGGGAGCCCUUGGCACUGCGGAAAAGCACCAGAAACUGUUCAGCCAGGUGCCACGGCCCAGCCUGCCAGCUCACAUUCUUUGCCACACAUUAAGCAGCAGCUGUGGAGUGAAGAAUGCUAUCAUGGCAAGCUGAGCAGGAAGGCGGCAGAGAGCCUCUUGGUAAAGGAUGGGGACUUUUUGGUUCGAGAGAGUGCAACAUCCCCUGGCCAAUAUGUGCUGAGUGGACUACAGGGAGGCCAAGCAAAACAUCUUCUUCUGGUGGAUCCUGAAGGCAAGGUGAGGACCAAGGAUCAUGUAUUUGAUAACGUCGGCCACCUUAUCAGAUACCAUAUGGAUAACAGUUUGCCAAUCAUCUCUUCUGGAAGUGAAGUAAGCCUUAAACAACCAGUGAGAAAAGAUAAUAAUCCAGCACUUUUGCAUUCCAACAAAUGACAGUAUUGAAGCACCAUCACACUGAUAUUUCAAGAAACCCCAUUUUGUGUUAGGACACAAAGAUAAUUGAAAUUUUGUUUGUAGAUAAAAUAGAGCACAAACCGUGAAGUGCAUCUUUCCGAGACCAUCAUGGACCAGGUCCUCUAUCAAAUGAAGAACUAACAAAAAUUGAUCUUCAGUAAUGAAAAUCAGAAAAGAGGAAGAGGGUUGGUCAUUUUAAAAGAAAUUAUAUGUAUGCACGGAUGUCACUUUUUAAGGCCAUAUUGCAUUGAUAACAAGCUAAAAGCACAACUAAAAUUUCACAUGCUAACGACAACUUGAAUGAACUGCUGGGGCAGUGGUAUGUGCCUUUCAACUUGAUAAUUUGGGGACAUUUUCAUAUUGGGAGAUUAAUUCUAAGUAUCUUCAUGUUCUAUGACUACAGAACCAUUUGCCAAAAAAAAAAAAAAAAAAAAAGCUUUUCUUGCUACAAAAAAUAAGCAUUUUUUCUUGAGCCUUAUUGACUUUAUUACAUUGUCUGUUUAGUAGCGUUUUUCACUGCAAUGUUAAAAUAAAUAUGACAUUGAAUU